AUGCUCCCCUCCCUCGCCGCCACGCCGCUUCCCAACACCUCCACUCACCGGAGCCCCUCAUCCUCAUCCUCCUCCUCCUCCGUCCAGCUCCUCCGCUCGCUCGCGCGCUCCCGCCGCGCGGACCUCGCCCACCGCGCGCUCCUCCUCUUCCGCUCCCUCCACGCCUCCCCGUCCCCGCCGCCCCCGCACUUCUCCCUCCCGGCGGCGCUCUCCGCCGCCUCCUUCCUCUCCGCGCUCCCCGAGGGCCGCCAGCUCCACGCGCUAGCGGCCAAGCUCGCGCUCGCCCCAGCCCACACCGUCGUCGCCAACUCCCUCCUCCACCUCUACGCUUCCUGCGGCCUCCCCGACGCCGCGCUCGCGCUCUUCCGGCUCAUCCCCGCCAAGUCCCUCGUCUCCUGGAACACCGCCAUCGACGCGCUCGCCAGCAACGGCGACCACCUCGGCGCGCUCGACCUCUUCCGGGAGAUGCAGCGGGACACGACCCUCGCGCCCGACGCCUACACCGUGCAGAGCGUCCUCGGCGCGUGCGCCGGCGCGGGCGCGCUCUCGCUCGGUGUCUACGCGCACGCGCUGCUGCUGCGCGAGCUCGGGGGCCACGGCGACGUGUCCCGCGACGUGCUCAUCAACAACUCGCUCGUCGACCUUUACGGCAAGUGCGGAGCCGUCGAGCUCGCGCGGCAGGUGUUCGACCGGAUGCCCGAGCGGGACAUCACGUCGUGGAACGUGGCGAUCCUCACGCUCGCCAACCACGGAUGCGUGCGUGAGUCCGUGGAGCUGUUUGAUCGGAUGACGCGGGUGGAGAAUGUUGUGCCGAACGCAAUCACGUUCGUCGCUGUUCUUAGCGCGUGCAACCAUGGCGGGAUGGUGGAGGAAGGCAGAAGAUACUUCCAGAUGAUGGUCAGCGAGUACAGGAUCAAGCCGAGGAUCGAGCACUACGGGUGCAUGGUGGACAUAUUGGCACGAGCUGGCUUCAUCGGAGAGGCCCUGGAUGUCGUGUCUGGCAUGAACUGCCGGCCUGAUGCCAUCAUCUGGAGGAGCCUUCUAGACGCAUGCUCCAGGCAGAACGCCGGGGUAGAGCUUAGCGAGGCCAUGGCCAAGCUGGCACUCGAUGUUCCGGAUGAUGCUGUCAGUGGUGUCUACGUCCUGCUCUCGAGGGUCUACGCAUUCGCACAGAAGUGGAACGAUGUGGGCAUGGUCCGGCGGUUGAUGAGCGACGAGGGUCUCAAAAAGGAGCCAGGGUUCAGCUCCAUUGAAAUGGAUGGCCUGGUUCAUCAGUUUGUCGCAGGCGACACGUCACACCCUCGGUCGGAGGAGAUAUACGCGAAGCUGGAUGAGAUCCAGCAGAGGCUUGCGUCCUCUGGAUACAAGCCAGACUUAUCAGAGGCUCGUAUGGUUGCUGGCAUGGACCAUACCAAGGGCGCCGCCCUCCGCUUGCACAGUGAGCGGCUAGCCAUAUCGUUUGGUUUACUCAAGGCGACACCCGGUGCACCUAUUCGGAUCCUGAAGAACCUGAGGGUGUGCAAAGACUGCCAUACUAUCAGCAAGCUCAUAUCAGAGCUCUAUGGUGUUGAGAUCAUUGUUAGGGACCGGAUUCGGUUUCACCAUUUCAAGGAUGGAGCAUGUUCCUGCAAAGACUACUGGUGA